CAACUGAAUCAGUCAUAACUGAGCAGUGGUGAGAGUAGCAGCUCAGCAAGAGUUCUAGGAGAGAUGAUUCGCUUGUCCGCCCUUUCUCUAUUUGUAUGUGUCUCGAUCGGUGCACAGUGCACCGGCGUAAUCGAAAGUGAUAACACUAUCGACGAAAGCGUAGCCGUAGAAGUCGAAAUUGCCAAAUAUGAGGUUGAUUUCCUGCAAGAAUUUGACCGCUAUCAGUCCACAGGGCGGAAAACAACCAAUUUCGAUCGCCUGUUGGAUUUGAUCCAAUCACAGGACAUCAAGGUUACCCUCGAUCGAAUACCACAUGCCAAGAGCCCCAAGCUGUGUCUAACGUGUCUGUCUUCGAGUUAUACCUUUUUGGAGAUAUACAAACGAACUGCGAAUAAAGAGAAAACCGUGUUGGUUAAGCUAGCUCAGGACAUUUGCCAUCUGUUCAAUCUGAAGACCUACGUUUGUGAUGGGUUGGUUGAGCUGAACGCCGAUAUGAUGAUGUUCAUUCUGGAAAAUCUGGAUGAGCUGCCAUCAGCCGAAAGAGUUUGUGCUGUAGCCUAUCAGGGUGAAGACUGCGUGGUGAACAAAUCGGAAAUUCUAUCCGAUCGAUAUCCAAAGGUGAACAUCAGCGUAUCAAAUGAAGUUCUGGGAAAAUCCAAAGGACCGUCAACCACUUCAGAUAAAGAACCACUAACGAUCAUUCACAUAACAGACAUACAUUACGACCCCGAAUACGUAGUGGGAAUCAACGCAGAUUGUGCCGCUGGGGCGUGUUGUCGACACGUUCCCGAUCUGGAACCAUCUGACUCCAGCAAUGCAGCCGGAUUUUGGGGAGAUUACAGAGACUGUGAUAGUCCGUGGCAUGCGGUGGUCGAUGUGAUGGAGCAGAUACGUUCGCAACACCCAAAAAUCGACGCAGUAUACUUCACUGGUGAUAUCAUCCAUCAUUUCACAUGGAACACCACGGUCGAAUCGAAUGAGCAAGCAAUGCGACAGAUUUUCCAACUAUUGAAGGAACGCUUCGUAGAUAUUCCGUUGUAUCCCAUCUUGGGUAACCAUGAAGCGGAUCCAGCCAAUCUCUACGCACCACACCAUGUCCCGCAGAAUCUCACCUCAGCAUAUCUCUAUGACUUUAUCACUGAACAAUGGGAUGAGUGGCUUCCAAAGGAUGUGAACCGAUCAACCCUCGCCGACGGAGGCUACUACACCUUAUUGAGCCCGUUAGGACAUCGAAUCAUCGCUCUGAACAACAAUUUUUGCUACAUCCACAACUGGUGGCUACUCUACAGUGACAUUUACUUCAUUCGACAGCUGCAGUGGUUGCACGAUACGCUACAAGAGGCCGAACAGGCAGGCGAAAAGGUUCACAUUUUGGGACACGUGCCCUCUUACGACAACUACUGCUACAUCGGCUGGACUCGGGAGUAUCGGAAGAUUGUGGAACGGUUUGCGCACAUAAUUGAGGGCCAGUUUAAUGGGCAUUCGCAUGUAGAUGAGUUCAACGUGUUUUAUCGGAAAGAUGACCCGACGGCAGCGGUGAACGUGGCAUGGAAUGGCGGUUCGACGACAACAUUUACAAAGCUGAAUCCUAAUUACAAGGUGUUUUACGUUGACCGGGAAAGCUUCGAAAUUUUGGAUCAAGAAACCUGGAUCUACAACCUCACCGAAGCGAACCAGCAUCCGGAUCGUAAACCUCUCUGGUUCAAGGAAUACACCUUCAGAGAACACUACGGGCUGACUGACCUCAGCCCCAAAUCCCUGGAUAGUCUCCUUCAAAGGCUGGCCCAUUCGGAUGACGAGCUACUUCAGUACUGGAACCUGAAACAGAAGAACGCCGAUCCUCUGCUGGCUAAGGGCUGUGAUAAAAUGUGCCUACGGGAUGCUCUCUGUGCUCUGGCCCGAACGGAAUACGCUGACGAUUCCGUCUGUGACCGACUCCUGACUCACCAUUCGCUUCUCGAAACGUAACCACGAUGUUUCGUUAAAGUUUUACACUAAAGUUUAUUCAAUGUUUGCUCUCAUUCUUCACAACUUUAGGAUUCUAUUCUGUUUGCAGUUAGUAUUUAGCUCUACUUUUGAGAUGUGUGUGACUUUAUAUUGUGCUUCAAAUAAAUAUCGGCUCUUGUUUUUUUUAUGUUUUUAAUUUUUA